GGCCGCGGGGGAAACUGAGGCACGGGGCGGGCGGGCAUCGCCCUCCGCGUCCCGAUAUUCCCGGGAAUCGCAGCUGGUGUUGAGGCUGGAGAGACCUCGGAGACCAUCGAGUCCAACCUGUGGCCGAGCACCACUUUGUGAGCCAGACGUGAGCGCUGAGAGCCGCGUCCAGUCGUUCCUUAAGCAUCUCCAGGGAUGUGCAGACUUAAGAUGACCAAGCUGUGAAGUUUCCACUUGGGCUCAAAGCUAAACACUCCAGCAAAGCUGUGCUGCCUCACUCAACGUUUCGUUUAUAUUGGCUGGGAGCUGCUCAUGGAUGAAAAUCCAUGAAUCCAGUUUAUCUCCACCAGCCAAAUUCCUCCCCUGUCCUUCUCCACAGCUGGGUCCUGCCUUGGCUGCAUCCUGAUUUCUGGGAUUUGGGAAUUUGCCUUUCCCAUCGGGUUGCAGAGCUCAGCACAGACAUUGGGAGUUUUUUUUUUUUUUUCCUUUCUCUGCUGAAAUCAUCCCUUGGGAGCUCAGGAGGGCAGAGCAGAUCCGAGCACGGAUCUCCAGGGGCCUGAAAUCUUUUGAUUUUGAAGCAAAUUGAAGCGACCAAGCAGCACCUCCUGGUGGAGUCAGGAUUUCCUGGGCUAUAAAGUUGCAGGGAGAGGCAGAGGCAGCAGCUGCUUUGCUCAGAUCUUACCCAGCCUCACCAUGAGGGAGUGCAUCUCCAUCCACAUCGGGCAGGCCGGAGUGCAGAUGGGCAAUGCCUGCUGGGAGCUCUACUGCCUGGAGCACGGCAUCCAGGCCGACGGGACCAUUCCCGGCUCCAAGCAGGUGAAAUCCAUGGAUCCCAACUCCGAGCAAGUGGAUUCCUCCUUCGAGACCUUCUUCUGUGAGACAGCGUCUGGCAAACACGUGCCCCGGGCGGUGUUCAUAGACCUGGAGCCCACUGUCAUUGAUGAGAUCAGGACCGGGACCUACCACGGGCUCUUCCACCCGGAGCAGCUCAUCAGCGGCAAGGAGGACGCCGCCAACAACUACGCCCGUGGCCACUACACCAUCGGCAAGGAGAUCAUCGACACCGUGCUCAGCAGGAUCCGGAAAAUGGCUGACCAGUGCAGUGGACUCCAAGGCUUCCUGGUCUUCCACAGCUUCGGAGGAGGCACCGGCUCCGGCUUCACCUCGCUCCUCAUGGAGCGGCUCUCCGUGGAGUACAGCAAGAAAUCCAAGCUGGAAUUCUCGGUGUACCCAGCCCCGCAGGUGUCCACGGCCGUGGUGGAGCCCUACAACUCCAUCCUGACCACCCACACCACGCUGGAGCACUCGGACUGCUCCUUCAUGGUGGACAACGAGGCCAUCUACGACAUCUGCCACCGCAACCUGGACAUCGAGCGCCCCACCUACACCAACCUCAACCGGCUGAUCGGCCAGAUCGUGUCCUCCGUCACCGCCUCGCUGCGCUUCAACGGCGCCCUCAACGUGGACCUCAUCGAGUUCCAGACCAACCUGGUGCCCUACCCGCGCAUCCACUUCCCGCUCACCACCUACGCGCCCAUCGUCUCGGCGGAGAAGGCCUACCACGAGCAGCUCUCCGUGCCGGAGAUCACCAACGCCUGCUUCGAGUUCUCCAACCAGAUGGUCAAGUGCGACCCUCGCCGCGGCAAGUACAUGGCGUGCUGCCUGCUCUACCGCGGCGACGUCGUCCCCAAGGACGUCAACGCCGCCAUCGCCGCCAUCAAGACGCGCCGCUCCAUCCAGUUCGUGGACUGGUGCCCCACGGGCUUCAAGGUGGGCAUCAACUACCAGCCGCCCACGGUGGUGCCCGGCGGCGACCUGGCCAAGGUGCAGCGCGCCGUGUGCAUGCUGAGCAACACCACGGCCAUCGCCGAGGCCUGGGCCCGCCUGGACCACAAGUUUGACCUGAUGUACGCCAAGAGGGCCUUCGUGCACUGGUACGUGGGGGAGGGCAUGGAGGAGGGCGAGUUCUCCGAGGCCAGGGAGGACCUGGCGGCCCUGGAGAAGGAUUAUGAGGAGGUUGGAAGGGACUCGGCGGACGGGGAGGAGGAUGAGGGUGAUGAGGAUGAGUAUUGACAGACUGCGGCCUGGUCUUGACCCCAGCUGGAAUGCAGACUCGUGUCCCGAAUUCCUGAGGGCCCGGAGGUGCCGAAGGACCGGCCGUGUUUGAUGUAUUAAACCUCCCCCCACUGCUUGCGUAGUUUGGGCUCGCAGAGCUCCUCUGUAGCCUGGGUGUCUUGAGCUUUACCCCACUGCUGUUUAUUGAUGAGUGACGCUGAGUCAGGCCUGACUUAGGCCUAACUUAGGCCUGACAUCCCGCCUAGCCAGGAGAUCCCGGUUCCUCACCCCGGGAACGUUGCAAGCUGCCUGCUUUGGCUGGGAUGGCAAACUCUCGCUUCUGGCUUUUUCUUGUAAAAGCACUUUGGAAUUAGAAACGCACCUGUAAACUUCUACGCAAAUGGCUUUUUGUAUAUGAAUAAAGAGGGUUUCUUUGGCUCGGAA